AUGGAAUCCCAGAAAAGUCCUUUAAUAGAUGACAGCUUAUGUGCUAUUUUCCAAGAUACUGAGUUUGGGGACACCCACUUUGGUGGAGGGGACCUCUUUUCCAUUUUGGAUAGCCUAGAAAACUUCAACGAUUUUCCUCCCAUCUACAAUGAAGCAGUUAUCAGCCCAACCUCAAAACAAAAUGAGCAAAACUCAACAGUAGUGUCCCAAAAAGUCUCAGUAUCUUCCAGUGUUCCACAAGAUUCUGAAACUGAGCCUGAAAUCUCACCCAAAAGCAAGAGAAAAAAACUCUGCCCCACCUUGCUAGAAGAACCACAGAAGGUGUCUCAUAUAACAGUGGAGCGCAACCGAAGAAAGCAAAUGAAUGAGAACUUGUCCGUAUUGAGGUCACUUAUGCCUUCCUUCUAUGUCAAACGGGGAGACCAAGCAUCGAUAAUUGGAGGUGUGGUUGAUUACAUCAACGAGUUGCAGCAGCUGCUACAAUGCUUAGAGGCCAAGAAACAAAGAAAAGUUUACAGUGAUGUACUAAGCCCUAGGCUAGUUUCAAGCCCAAGACCUUCACCACUAAGUCCUAGAAAACCACCCUUGAGCCCUAGAAUAAACCUUCCCAUUAGUCCAAGGACUCCACAACCAGGUAGCCCUUACAUGCCCAGGUUGCAGCCAGGUUACAUUUCCCCAACCAUAGCCAACUCUCCCACUUCUUCCGCUUCUUCUUCCAUCAACGAUAAUAUCAACGAGCUUGUUGCCAAUUCCAAGUCUGUUAUUGCUGAUGUUGAGGUCAAGUUUUCAGGUCCACAUGUUCUUCUGAAGACAGUUUCACCACCAAUUCCUGGACAGACUCUGAGAAUAGUUUCCGCCCUCGAAGACCUAGCACUCGAAAUCCUCCAUGUGAACAUAAGCACUGCUGAUGAAACCAUGAUAAACUCAUUCACUAUUAAGAUUGGAAUUGAAUGCCAACUCAGUGCCGAAGAACUCGCUCAACAAAUCCAGCAAACAUUCUGCUAA